AUGCACCCUCUAAACCCUUUCCUCCGGGCCUUCUUUCGGAGCACUGUGCCCGGGCAGUGUGUACCAAUCGAAAAUCAUGUUCUCCUCGUCCCCGUGAGUGAAUCCUUAAUUGGAUCGCGCGAUCGCGAAUCGUCCCUAUUCUACUCCGAUCUCGUCGUCUCGGAAGAAUUCUUAGGCAGCCACACUCUGCGAAUACCAGGUUCAAGUGGAGCGGGAGGAAGAGAUGAUCCAAGUGUCCGCGAUGGUAGGGGGAAGGCGAAACAAGUGACCACCGCCAACGGCAGGACUGUGAUACUGAGGGACAACUCGGUUUAUAGUAAUAAGGGCUUCAAGUCGUUGAACCAGGCACAAUUGCUGUCCGAUGCUUUAUACUACGCUCCCGCGGGUGACUCACAGCCGUGGCUUGUAUACCUCAUCUCCAAGCCACUUGUGGGCUCCUUCGAACCCGCGAAAAUCAUCCCCGCCGUGGUUCCUGGAACCGGCCCCAAUGCCAACCGCUCACAGGUCGGCGGGAAACCUGGCGAACAAUCCGGCCCUACGAUUGCCUCGCCUCCGAAGAAGGAAAUAAGAACAUUCGGAGAGCUUCUGGCUCAUUUUCCGAUGAUUUCGAGACAGAUGCAGCCGGGGUUGGAAAGGCUGUUUAGGGAAUUCGGAAAGGAACUUGGGAAGCCCUUGCCCCCGCCACCAUCGCGGUCGCCAAUGUUAGAGGACGGCGAAUACAGUCGAUCUCGUGAGAAUUUACUUGCAGAUGAGGCCAGCUCUGUUAGAAGUUCAUCAUCACGCCGCAGCAGAGGUCUUCCCUUCAAUUCUGAAGAGUAUUUCGAAGAUGAUGAGGACUUGAUGCGCCGCAGCCUGGAGACAGCUGUUACUGCAGCAAUUGACUUGUUUCGGCUGGUUGAUCAGCAACAGUUAUCUCUUCUUGGAGCGACUACCGACCUAACAGGGCCAAUAGUUGAGGGUUUUAUUGAACGAUAUGUUGCUGAACAAGUUCACGAAUCACUGCUAUUUCCUCGCUUAUGCAGCUUUCGCCAACCGGAAGACACAGAACUUGAUUCUAGGAUUCGACAAAUGGAGUAUGUCGACGUGUCCCAAGUUGGUCUUACAAUUGAGGGUGGCCGGGAUGGUAAGCGCGAACUUUUAUUGCGGCUUGGUAAGGCAGUGGAGGAGUUUCGCAAAGUCCUGGAUGCGAAGUGCCCUCACGAUAUGCUCAGUACGCUUCUGGAGACAGUAAAGGUCUUAUCGUAUCCGGGCGAAUACAAUAAAAGCGACGAGAAAGAAUCGGCACCCGUGACGAUAAAUGCGGACAUUUUGGUAUCACUGUUGCUGGUCGUCGUGAUUAGAUCACAAGUGAAGCAUUUACACGCCCGAUUGCUAUACAUGCAACACUUUAUCUACGUCGACGACGUUGAUAGUGGGGAAAUGGGUUAUGCUUUGAGCACCUUUGAAGCGGUCCUUACAUAUCUAAUGACGGAUCCAGCGGGGAUUCGAAGAGCAAGCAUUCGGAAUAAGCGCUUAUGGAAUGCGACAAAGGCCGGGCGUGUUGCCGAUAUGAAAGCUAUUUUAGAACCAGAUGGCGAUCAUGAAUCACUAUACGACACCUGUGACACCGCCGACACCCAGAGCCAGCCACUAGAGGACGCACGGCCUAACCGACAGGCUUUACGGACACCUCCGCUAAUGGACAACCAUAUAUACUUAGGCGAUGAGCGAGAAAUCAUGGAUCCGCCAUCGGAUGCGCCUCCACUCGCGCACGUAUUCCCAUUUCAGACCUGGGAGCACUCAUCUCCAAUUCGAGAGACGAAGCCUCCCAUCAAACGAGUAUCUAUGGAUGUUCGUAGCCUAUCAGAGUCGUCGGGUGUUUCAUUCCUCUCGCGGUCCACUACGAUGAACUCGGUUGGUACGACCAUCGAAGGGGAUAGCUCAAUCGAAACAUUGGUCAAGACCCAGGAUCCUCGUGGCGAUUCCAUAUUGAUGAUGGCGGUUGAAGGCCACCGUUCUGAGGCUCUCAAGUACCUUCUAAGCUUGAAUGAAUAUUACUCGGUGCAUGACGUGCUCGACGAUACAAACACUGAUGGGACGACUUUACUCAGUGCUGCCGUCCAGCUUGCUAUGGACGAGAUUGUCGAUAUUUUGCUCAACUACCUCACAGAGACCGCCGAUGGAGAUGCCAUUGCUACUUACUUACGAAGGUACGAUGAGCGAGGGCGUACCGUCGCGCAUUAUUUGUUUAGCAUUCCACCGGUGAUGCGAAGACUUAAAGGCUUACUUCCGUGGCGUCAACGUGACAAGCAUGGACAAACUCCGCUUUUCGCUCUAUGCAGGUCGUACGAUCACCCUGAUUAUAAGGCGAUGGUGAACGAGGCGCUCACUGCAGCCCAAGAGUCCCAAGGAGAUGGCAAGCCUUUACAUCUAGACGACCAUAUUGACUCCAAGGGCAAUACCUUGUUGCAUAUUGUCAGUGACCCCGAGAUUACAAUUCGCAUACUCAGGGAAAGUGACUGCGACCCGAAUGCCACUAAUGACAAGAAAUUCACGCCAUUGAUGAUGGCCAGUAAAUACGGCCGGGUUGAUCAAGUGCGGAUCCUCUUUUCGGACUCCAGAGUGGACAUCCACGUCAAAGAGGCCCGAGGUUUGACUGCUAUCGAGUUAGCUAAGGAUGAUGAGGUGCGCAACCGCAUCGACGACCUGAUACUCCUCUCCAACCCGCCAUCAUCCCAUGAUGCUUCUUCCGGACGUGUCACCACAGUGGUUCGCUCCUUUUUUGUUGAGGAUGCAACCGUUCGAUUUGUCCUCAAGUCGGGUGCACCCACGCCACCAGCUGAUGGGCAAAAUGUACCUGUACAUACUAAGAUGUACACUGUCACGACCUGUCGCCGUACGUUUGCUGAUUUUGAGACCCUGGUCGGGUGCCUGGCCCUUGAGCAUCCUGCCUCUUACCUGCCGUCCCUGACCGACUUUCGCAACCCUUUCCAAAUACAUUCGAAGCCGUCUCGCGCUGUACUCCAUAACAUGCAGGACAGACUUGAUAGGUUCUUGAAGAUUCUUCUUUCCCAUCCCACAUUCGCCACGCACGAGCUAUUGUGGGAGUUCAUUCUGGUCCCAGAGCUACAACCUCAGAUGAUGACAGAAAGAUCCCAUCGCAAAGCUCAAGCUUUCUCCGAGUCCAUCGUCGAGGACCACGAUCCCAUCACAGAAGACGGCAUCCGCGAGGUGGAGAACUUCAUUUCCCAUGCUCAGGAUAUAGUCCGCACAACCCACAACCACACGCGGACACUCCUUCGCCGCGGUCACGCCCUCAGAAACGCCGCCUCAGACAUCGCCGACGCCGUAUCAAUCUGCUCAUCCGCCAUCUCAACCCUAAAAGAGCCCACCAACGCGCUUCCCCGUUCUCACAUCGAUGCAUUCUCCCGCUACGCCUUUUGCCUAUCAACCUCUUCAUCAGACUCCUCCCCACUCCUCCAAUUCCUCUCCACUCUCAGCUCAAUCGACACAACCACCUCCGCAAUCCUCACCUCCCUCUCCCGCCCUAUCUCCCUAAUAUCCACCCUCAACUCCACAAGCCGCAACCUUGCCCGCUCCCGCUCCUCGCUCGCGUCUUCAUCCCUUCCCCGCAAAUUCAACCUCAGCUUCCCAGGCCUCGAGGAAUCCCGCAUCCGCUCGACCCGCGACCUGCAGCAGAAAAUAUCCACCUCGGAGACCCAACUCGCCCGCCUCGCCCGCGAAAUCUCCUGGAACAGGGACGUCGUCGUCAGCGAACUCGCCGGCUGGACCUCGUGGCGCGAGCAGAUCGGCCGCGACGCAAUCCGCUCUUUCGUGAAGUCUACCCUUGUUCGCGAGAAGGAACGGAAGAAGAGGCUCGAGCGUUGCUUGAGGAGCGUGAGGGAGAUAAGCAAGAAGCAAGAGGACUGA